AUGGAGGAACGUGUUGAUAUUCUGACUAGUAAAAUGCUCUGGCGGGUGCAUACGCAACUGCCUGGUGAUACUCUUCUUAUGGUUUUGGCUCCCUCUCUUGUGUCCUUCAAGCAUCGUUUGAACAAGUUGGCCGUCAAAAAUCCAAUCUGGGAUCCUACUUUUGCUGGUGGUGGUGCUGAUAAUUCUCUUGCUUUGGAUCGUCGUGGUCUUGCUGACAAGAUCAAGGUGUAUCGUCUUGAUUCCCUCCAAUGUCGGUUACAUCCUGCUCCUCCUGUUUCUCCUCCUGUUCUCCUCUCUGCUUGUCGUCCUUCACUCAUGGUGGAUCCCAUCCUGUAUCUUCCAAUGUCUGUGUUUGACCGUAGUCGUAUUCUCCGUUGGCGCAUGGGAUGGCUACCUGCUAGGCCAGUUCCAUGUCGCUGUGGUGCUCCUCACGCUAGCCGCAACCAUCUGCUAGAGUGUCUUGGUGUUGCUUCAAAGCUUUUGUUUACUGAUGAUCCUCUUGGUGCUGAUUAUUUGCCCAAUCCUCUGGACUUUUGGCUCAAUCGACUACCUCGUAUGCAACCUUCUGCCUCUAAACUCGUGUCGUCUCGCUCCUUUUGGUCUGUUCGCUGGCCUGUCAUGCUCCAAAUCUUUUUGGAUAUUGACAUGAUCUGUCAUCCUGAUGCUGAAUUUACUGGUAAAGCUCUGGACUCGUCUGGUUCUGCCUUUCUCGACUGGUUGACCCCGGUUUCCUCAAUUACCUCUGUUUCGGGUACGCCUCCUAUCUCUUCCUCAGAUAGUGCUGGUAUUACUGUCGCUAUUCCACAUCUUUUGUCUCACUAA